CAGAGGUUUCUCCUAUCAGACCGUCCAUCCCUCACCAAGAUGUUUACCAGUGCACUGCGUGGCAAAUGGCUUCUUCUUUUCAUAUUUGUUUUCAUAUAUGUCUCUUCCCUGGCAGAGCGGCGUCACAUUGAGACUCACGUGACGUGUGCGGAAGAUUUCAUCGAACUUGAAAUAAGAUUUAAGUCGCAUCUCUGGCAAAGCCUUUCUUCUAAACUGGAAAUGCAUCUGGCGGAGAAAUACUGCAAGCCAUUCUUUGCAAACAGCUCACAUGCGUUCAUACGAACAUCGCAUUAUGAAUGCGGUACAAAGUUCAAGGUCACGCAAAAUCACGUGAUUUUCACUAAGACUUUCAUUGCCCGAGAAGAGACUGGACCUAGACAGCUGGUAUCUCACAUCCCAGACUUGGAAGUUGGUGUUCGAUGUACUUACAACAGGAACAAAAUUCUUCAUGUUUCAGCUCCGCUACAACUGGACAAACUCCGCACGAGUCCCAAAGAGGUUACAACUUAUUAUGGAUUACCAGUGGAGUUGAGGUGUUCGUUCAAAUAUGGCGCCCAUCCCGUGCGAGCUGUGAUUUCUCACCGCGGGAAAAUUGUAGCCAUACAGCAAAAUGGUACCCAAGUUGUAACGGUCACAGUCGGGCAAAUAAACAACGAUUUUGGUUUGUAUACUUGUCAGGCAGAAGAUGCAAAUCGCAAGGAAGUCAUGCACGAAAUCCAGUUGAAGAAAAUUGAUACAUCAACUAUUUCACUCCUUGGAAAACAGAUCACCUGUGCGCAUGAUGACAUGCAACUGACUCUUGACCGUUUGACGUAUCCAUGGUUACACCCCAAGUCCUUUGACAUGCAUCUUCUCGACAGCAGUUGUCGACCAUAUCACGUGAACUUCACACACAUCAAAGUGAAAACAAAAUACAAUGAAUGCAAAACAGUCGGGAUGAAUUCGUCGGGUGGCGUUGCCUAUCACAACGUAUUGAUUGCUUUGUUGAGGCCUGAGCCAGGAAGACUGGUAACAAGGGUCCCAGAUAUUCUAUUCCCUUUUCACUGUCAGCCUAAUCUUAGGAAAGUGUCAUCGAUUUCGUUGAAAGACAACCCAAAAGUGGUUACCACAAGAGAACCGUUGACGGUGAACAAAUCCAUGAGUAGUCCACCAUUGGUCAAAACGUACAAAGGAUUUGACGUCAGACUGGUUUGUAUGUUUAAGGGUGGAGACCCUCCGGUCAACAUCAAACUGACCAGGAGAGGGAAGAGAUUUCUACGCGGGGUGGAGGUUAGGGGAACAGUUUUGUACGCUACCAUCAAGACCACUCAGAGAAAAGCUUUUAGUUCCUACGAAUGUACGGCAACAGAUUCGAAAGGAAAGAAAAUAAAGCAUAAAAUUAAUUUGAGGAAGGCAGGGCCUCAUGAUAUGAAAUCAGACGGUCUAACGGUCAAGUGUGGGACAAAUACCAUGGACAUCUCUCUGAGCAGACUCGUGUAUCCAUGGUUACAGCCAGAAAAACUGCACAUUAGUCUUAUCCGAUCAAAUUGCAACACGUACAACGCAAGCGACAUGGAGAUUAGAAUUCAGGCUCCACUCUUUGGUUGUGGCACAAGGACAGUGAGGAGGAAUAAGUCUGUGCUGGAUUUUCGUAACGUAGUUAUUGCCCGAGUGCGCAGACCAAAAGGAUUCAGAGUCACAUAUUUACCGGAUGUGUACUUUCCGUUCUUCUGUCGUUAUGAAACAACUCGCUCAGCUGGAAAGCCAAUCUUACAACCUCUUGAGCCACUCUCUGCUGACUUGUUAAUGUCCAGUGCAAACACGAUAUUUGUCCCACCUGGCAUUCUAAUCAAGUUAAAAUGUGUUUUUCACGGAGGUGAGCCCCCGAUACAGGUCAGCAUCAGCAGGCACAACGUGGUGAUAGCACGUACGCAAGGGAGAAUGUUGAGCUACGCGUUUAAGCCUCGGUUUCAAGAUAGUGGGCGUUACUUGUGUCAAGCAACUGAUGCCCGGAAAAGGACUGUGAAGCAUGUGAUAACAAUGAAAGUUCCAGCCCGUCGUGGUGCUAUUUUUGGUGAAGAAGCAGCUGUGACUAAAUGUGACUCACAAUUUACAACCGUCACUCUGCACCGCUCCAAGCUUCCCUGGCUCGACACAGCACGCAUGCGUAUUCAUCUCAAUGACCCGCUCUGUCAACCAUCCCAUGUUGACAACGAACAUGUCCGUUUUAAGAUACCGCUGGGCAGCUGUGGAAGCAGGCACAUAAGGUCUCCAAGUGAAGUAAUAUUUACCAAUCGAGUGUUGAUUCUAGAGGAAAGUCAAGGAAGCUACAAGGGGAGACAACUGAAAACUUUGAUGGAGGUUUAUUUUCUAUGUAGAUACCGGCGCAUUGACGCGAGUAGUGUCAGCCAGAAGCGCCUUUUGAAGUGAAGAAAAUGAAGUCAGGACUAUUCAAGCAAGCUAUUAAUUCAGUUACAAAUUCAUGAAAGAUCAUCCGGAAGGGUAACCAGUGUAAAAGUAGCGUGUUUUCCUAUUUUUGCCACUAAGUGCUUUGGCUUAAUACUUAGCUCUUAUACAAGAUAAUUUGGUUUUAUCAACUGACUUGAAAAUGUUAAGAGACCUCCUAAAAAAACCUUUCAAGAGGUAGUCCUUCGUAAGAGCUUAACAAUCAUUCUAAUAGCACUUCCAUUUCUUCAUACAUCCUCCUAUUGCAUUUAUUUGUUCUGGCAAUGAAGUUUUUGUUUCUGUAGUCUACCUGAAUAUAAUAUAAUAAUCAGUUUAAUUUCUCUUUUUGUGGCUUACAGCUAAAUUACACAGGUGGUCAGGAUGCAAAUCAUAUCUAUACAAAAACAUGAAACAUUUAACUAAGAAUAUCUAUAUGUAAUAAAUUUAUCGAGACGGUUCAAGUAAAAGCCA